UAAAUCUCGUUUUCCCAUUGGUUGAAUGCCGGAAAUGUAAAUUAUAAUCGGGAUAUCAGUAGCGGUUAGGAGCGUUAGGAGAAUAUAAUAAUACAACUUUGUGCAGGAUCUUGGUAAUAUUAUGGAAAACGAAUAAUGUUGUGAAAACUUUGUAAUAAAUAAUAGACACCAAUGCCCCAGAAUUCAAAAAGGGCAAGUUCUAUGGAGUGUGAAUCAGCAGACACGUCACAGGAAUCUAAGAAACGGAAAACGAGUGACGACAUGGAUGACGCCAACGACAUGGAGAAUGAUGGAGUAUCUGGUGACACAAAAUGGCAGCUGGAGAAGAAUGAUGUCAAAGCACGUCUGGAAUAUUUGAGGGCAUCUGGUGAUUUUAGUGACUGUGUCUUGAUUGUGGAAAGUGGUGAGAAUGUAGAGACUUUCCAGGCUCAUGGGAUGAUCCUGUGUAUGUCAAGUCCAAAGUUUGAAGAGUUGUUAAUAACCAGUAAAUCAGACAGUGCUGCUCGUAUUACUGAUAUUGAACCCCGGAUAUUUCAUAUGAUGCUUGAUUACAUGUACCUUGACAAAAUAGACCUGAAGUGUGCUGAGGAUGCCAGCUCUGUUUAUAAGGCAGCUGUGAAAUAUAAUAUGCCUCAUCUUUGCGAAGUGUCUGCAAAGUACAUGGUGCGAGACAUGAACUUUGAUACAGUAUGGCCGAUCUUACAGCUGCUUUCUGAAUUUCAAGAGCCUGUUCUUAAGGAGGAAUGUGGGAAGUUUAUGAGGAAAAAUCCGUCACUGAUACUAGCACACAAGAACUUCCAAAAUGUGGACCAAAAUGUUGUGAACAUGAUAGUGGAGUUGGACUGUCUUGAUGUACCAGAGGUUGAGAUUCUGAAAGCAGUAGAGAACUGGGCAGAGCAGCAGUGCCUCAAAGCCAGCUACCCCCCUGACAGAGAUAACAAACGUUCAGCCAUUGGCCGUGAUAUCCUGUCCAAGCUGCGUUUCCUAGCUGUUUCCCAGGAAGAAUUUGUAAAGGGACCAGCUUUUUCAACUACUAAUGAUAAAGGUCUUCUAACUCUGGAGGAGAGCUAUGCAAUUCUGAUGAAUAUCACAGUUCCUGGGUCAUACCCCAUGCCUAGUGGAUUCAGUAUUGACAGCCGACCACGCAAGCUGGCGAAGUUAAGAUGUAUCCGUAAGAUUCAGGUGGCAGUCCCGCCUACAGGAUUCAGCCUUGGAGGAUUUACAACUCCCCCACCCACAAUGCUGUCUUCUUCAUAUACUAACACAUUGGACCGGGUUGUGGCACUUGCUUCACCUUCACAGACAGCAACCCUUGGAGGCAAGAACUUCUCUCUUGAUGUCAGAGUGGAUCAUCCUAUUGUUCUGUAUGGUAUUCAAGUUCCCACAUUGUGGUUUCCAGUUGCAGCAGGUCCCAAAGCUAUGCAGAAAGAAUAUGAUGAAUCUUUCAUAGUCACUGUGUUGGACAUGUCUGGAACCCCCAUCAGUCACACUGUGUUUGCUGCGAAGAUAGCAUAUGGAUCAGCGAUUGAUAUCAAUCUGAAAGAAUCCGUAAUUUUGCAAAAGAAUGUCAGCUAUAAGGUCCAAAUAUAUACAACCAACACAUAUUUCUUGAGUAAGAAGCUUUGUUUAGUAGAAGACUGUCCCCCUGUCAAGUUCACAUUCAAAGACACUGCCAAGGUUGGUGCCAUUUCAACAUCUUCCUCACUCUUUUCCACAGGUAUGAAACAAGAGACAGACUGUGGUUUUGUUACUCAGCUCAUCUAUUCAGUGUGGGUGUGAUCUGUUCAUCAUAAUGGGACUUUCCGUUCUUUUUAAGUAGACCAAAUAUUUCAAUUACCCAUGGCAGAAAUGAAAUACUGUGAAUUGCAUUAAAUUGCUAAAAUGUUUGUCAUCCAAGAAGACAGUGAACAUUUUAACAUUUUUUAACUUAUAUCUUUGUAAGAACAAACUGAUAUUUUCUAAAGCUAGUUACACUUUGUAACAUGAAUAUUCCAUAAAUCAUUGAGAGUUGACAGUGUGCUUCUGUCAAUUUUAAUCCAUGAUCAGACUUGUACUGUACUUUACGAUAACUUUAAACUGAAUGUUACAGCCGUAUAAGUAGCACGUCUGCUUGUAUUUAAGAGGUCCCAGUUUCAAAUUUGAGCCCAAAGAUGGGGUGUCCUAACUGAGGUGUUUCCUGGUUUUCCUGAACCUUUACAGG